AUGAGCCAAUUAAGGAACACUUCUAGCGAUGACAAGUUCUGGAAGGUGAGGCCGCUCCUUGGUGUCAUUAGGUCCCGGUGCCUUCAGCUUGAGGAGCUUGAGCAGAACUGCAUUGAUGAGCAGAUGGUGGCAUUUUCAUGGAUGGUCCCAGCCAAGCAGGCCGUGAAGAGCAAGCCAAACCCAGUAGGGGUCAAGAUUUUUGUGCGCUGCAGCACGGAUGGCCUGUCACAUGAUUUUGAGCUGUAUCAGGGCAAAGGCACAGGCAUCGACCGGGAAUUUUCCUUCCUUGGGCUGAGGGUGUGUGUUGUAAUGAGACUUGUGGAGUCAUUUCCGCGGCACCGCAAUCUCAAACUGUUCUUUGACAAUUAUUUUACGUCUGUGUUGCUUCUGAGGGAGCUGAAAUCAAUUGGAAUCCUUGCCACUGGUACAAUUAGGUCCAACGGGCUGCCGGGUUGUCAGCUGAAAGGAGAAAAAGAAAUGCGAAAGGACGAGCGUGGGAGCACCAACAUCAAGGUGACGGAAGCGGGAGACGUCGCUCUUGUGCGAUGGAAGGACAACAAUCUUGUGACGGUGGCCUCAACACAAGUUUCCACUGGGGAAACUAAGGCUGUUAGCAGGUGGAGCUCUUCAAAAAAGGAGCGCAUUGAAGUGGAGCGCCCACAGGCUAUACUUGAGUACAACCGCCACAUGGGUGGGGUUGACAAGCUUGAUUUUAUCAUGCCGCUUUACCACAUCCGAGCAAAGACAAAAAAAAUUGCCGCAGCCAUGCAGUCGACGCUCGCAGCCGUCGAUAUCUCGCGAGACAGCCACCGGCAAGGAUGGCUCGUUAACGAGCCGGCACUUCGGGUGUACGUCGAAGGUGGCCUCGUCGGGCACAUUCCGCCUAAGGCACUGCACAAGAGUAAACUCUCGUUCAAGCACGGCGAUGGCGCGGAACUGAUCGUUGCGGAUGGAGGCGAUAGGGGUGAGGCUGUUGUCAAACCACGAGUGGUCGCAUACCUUACAGCUGUGUCCGAAUGA